CCGAGAGAUGCAGUAGUACGCAAGCCUGCUCGAGCUACCGGAGAAGCGGCAUCAUGGUUCUGAUCUGGACGCAGUUCGGCGUGAAGCACAAGAACGUCAAGUGCAAGGUGCGCGUGAUCCACGGCGAAGAAGGCUGGGCCUCGGAGGAGGUGCACGAGGACCCAGAGGUGCCCAGUCCGCCCCCUUCGCCAACCUGCUUGGACCACUAUGCCAUCCUGGGGGUGUCGAGCGACUCUAACGAGGAAGAGAUAAGACGGGCGUACAAGCGUCUGGCGUUGCGCUACCACCCCGACAAAAACCCAGACGCAGACGCCGAGGAGAAGUUCAAACAGAUCGCGCAAGCCUACGAAGUCCUCAAUGACCCACAGAAACGUAGCCAGUAUGAUCAGCAAGGUUUAACUAAAGGAGGCGUUCCUGCCGCUGGAAACAAGGCAGACAGCGCUGCAAAGGCUGACGCCCAUGCCUGGGGGGUGUUUUUUAACUUCGAAUUCGAUUCGGAUGAAGACCUCUUCAACCCCUUCCUGAAAACCCCCCUCCCUCAUCUUAGCCGUCACAACCACGGAAACAAGGCGGGUCACCGUCCUGGAGGCGUGGCUGAGGUCCACGAUCUCCAGGUGUCGCUGGAGGACAUUCUGACGGGCGUGACCAAGCGCGUGAAGGUGACACGGCUCCGACAGACAGACAAGAGCACGCUCCAGCCGGAGGAGCGGGUGUUCGACGUGGAGGUGAAGAAGGGCUGGAAGGAAGGGACCAAGAUCACGUUUUCAGGAGAGGGGCAUCAGGUGCCCGGCCAUGCCCCCAGUGAUCUGGCCUUCGUGGUCAAAGAGAAGAAACACGCCCACUUCCGGCGGGACGGCUCGAACAUCGUCUACACAGCGACCGUCACACUGCGCGAGGCUUUAUGUGGCUGUACCAUCAGUGUCCCCACACUUGAUGGACAAAUGAAACCCAUCCCCUGCAACGAUGUCAUCAAGCCUGGAUCCAUGAGAAGACUGAUAGGUGAAGGGCUUCCCCGCGCUAAAAACCCAUCCCAGCGUGGUGACCUGUUGGUGGAAUUCCAGGUGACGUUUCCUGACCGGAUCCCACCUUCCAGCAAAGAGAUCAUCAAACACAGCCUGGGACAGUGUUAACAUGCACGCCACAACAUACACUCAGAUACGCGCACGCAGACCUCGGUGACGGAUAAAACGUCGACUUUUUGUCUCUGUGAGGCAUUCUGUGUGCUGGACUGUACACACACGCGUACACACAAUGUCAUAGGACAUAUACGAGCGUACGAGCGCGCAGACUUUACACGUGCAUACUAGAGAUACACACAAACAUAUUGAUACAAAUAGAGGUGCUACUCUUGAAGUGUCAGCGUACUUCCUGUAUGACAGGAAGUGUCAUGCGCUUCAGGAGAGGGCUCAUUGGGCUCCUGUAGGAAGUUGUUGUUCCUAUGAUGACCAGCUCAAAGCACUAAACCAUGACAAACUUGUACUUGUGUACAGAAUCGUCAAUGAAUUAGUCUCUAUGAGAGAUCCCUGUGUCAUGUUUCAAUGAAUUAUUUAUAAAGAAUAAAAUAUUUGAAUGUGCGGUAUAACCCGGCAUGUAAGCUAAGCCUAUACAAAAAGCAUGUGUUUUUUUGUUUUGUUUUUUAAAUAAAAAUAAAGAUUUUAUUAAGUAAAUGA